GUUCCGCUAUUCCGCGUUAUUUGUGCCCCAUGUUUCCUGGUUAGUGCUGCGUGUUGCCCCGAGUUCCACUUCCAGUUUCACAUUAGUUCCUAUUUCAGCUCAGAUAGGGUGUAGUGUCUAUCUGUAUCCGUAUUGAAGUAGUGCGAUAAUCCGCGUUUUAUUUCUGUACAAUAAGUAGCACCGCUACCACCAGCGUUGAAGGUUUCAGAGGAUUUGAGAAACUAGGGAGAGGAAAAAUGAGCACCCCUGUGAAGAAAGUACCUAUCCACUUACAGAGCUCACAAAAUCGACUUUUAAUCAAAAACGGUAAAGUGGUCAGUGAUGAGGAAAUCACCGAUGAAGACAUUUACGUUGAAGAUGGCAUCAUCAAGCAGAUUGGAAAGAAUCUCAUCAUUCCAGGAGGAACCAGGGUGAUCGAUGCCAGAGGCAAGUAUGUGUUGCCCGGUGGUAUUGAUCCUCACACUCACUUUGAAUUUGAAUUCAUGGGCACCAAAAGUGUCGAUGAUUUCUACAAUGGAACAAAAGCAGCUGUAGCUGGUGGUACCACAAUGAUCAUUGAUUUUGUGUUUCCCAAGAAGGGCGAAUCUCUUAUUGAUGCUUAUUAUGAAUACCGACAGAAAGCAGACGGUAAAGUGUGCUGUGACUAUAGUCUCCACGUCUGCCUGCCCUAUUGGUCAGAACAAGUAAAGAAGGAAAUGGAAAUACUAUGCAAGGAGCAUGGUGUUAAUUCCUUCAAGAUGUUUAUGGCCUACGAUUUUAUGUUAAAUGACGCCGAACUCUACAGUGCUUUUGAUCAGUGCCAAAAAUUAGGAGCUCUCGCACAAGUGCAUGCAGAGAAUGGGCUUGUGAUUGCAAAGAAUGCAGAAAAACUAUUGGCCAAAGGUAUUACGGGACCAGAAGGACACGAGUUGUCCAGACCUGAAGAGGUUGAAGCUGAAGCAGUUAACAGGGCCUGCGUCAUUGCGAAACAGGUAGAUAAUCCGUUGUAUGUAGUGCAUGUGAUGAGUAAAUCAGCUGCAGAAAUUUUAGAUCAAGCAUGCAAACGUGGUACCCGAGUGUAUGGUGAGACAUUAGUAGCAGCUCUUGGUACAGAUGGUUCUCAUUACAAACACGAAUGCUUCCAUCACUCGGCCGGCCACGUCCUUAGUCCUCCUCUAAGACCGGACCCCACAACACCUUUAAGUUUAAUGAAUUUCUUAGCACAGGGUGUUCUUCAAGUAACUGGCAGUGACAAUUGUACUUUUAAUAAGUCGCAGAAGGAAUUAGGAAAAAAUGAUUUUAGAAAAAUUCCAAAUGGGGUAAACGGCGUAGAAGACAGAAUGUCUGUUAUCUGGGAAAAGGGUGUGCAUACUGGUAUUCUCGAUCCCACUACAUUUGUAGCCGUAACCAGUACAAAUGCUGCAAAAAUAUUUAAUUUGUACCCAAGAAAAGGUUGCAUUGCUGUUGGAUCGGAUGCAGACAUAGUGAUUUGGGACCCUGUUGCAAUCAGAACUAUAUCGGUUACAACACAUCACCAAGCUGUAGAUUUUAAUAUUUUUGAGGGUAUGCAAUGUCAUGGGGUACCCCAAUACGUGAUCGUCAAUGGAAGAGUGUGUGUGGAUGAAGGUCAGUUGCGUGUUGUUGAAGGGCAUGGACAUUUUGUUGAAACUCCAACUUUUGCACCUUACAUAUAUGAUCCAGAGAAACUUGCGUCAUUAAGAGCUGAGAAAAAUGGGGUAGACGAUGAAGUGGAUCAGUUACAAAGGAUACAUACGGUACAUUUAGAAGACGAUACUUUAUGUCCUACUCCUACUUUACCUGAUUCAGCAGUAAGCACUCCUUCAUGCAGAGGAGCUAGACCAGAAGGGCAGAGAAAUAUUCAACAGUCAACAUUUUCUAUCAGUGAGGACCUUGAUGUCGAGAGAAAAUCAUGUAUUCGCGUACGGAACCCUCCAGGUGGAAAAUCUUCCGGUUUCUGGUAAAGAAUAACAGAAAAAUGUGUUCGCUUCAACAUUGCUUAAAUAAACCAUGAAAACAAAACAGUACCAAAGUAUAAAUAAUUACUUUAAUAUUAUUAAUAGUAACUGUACCUGUAUUAUUUAUUUCCUUUGAUAUAUUACCAGUUAUUAUUUAUACUGAUGAUUUUCUACUGAUGUGUCGGGAGCAUAAUCAAAUUGAAUUGUUCAGUUUGAAAGUUUUGUUGACUUACUGUUAAACUUAGUUGUUUUAGUUAAAAUCGUUAUUUAUUGAUGCAUAAAUUAAAUUAGGCUAGGAUAAAUGGGGGUUUGUUGAAACUGCCUUAUUUUUCAACAAUACAAAUAUUAUUUUCUGUGUUAAUAGUAUGGGGUGUCUAAAGAUAUUUUUCAAGAAAAAAAUAGAAUAGAAGAAAUAUCUCUUAAUAAUGUUCUCCGUCUCUUUGCAGCCAAAAAGAUUACUGAUCUUCAAAAUUCAUUGUGUAGAUCUAAUAAUAGCUCAAGUAUGUUUUGUUUCUCUUUUUUUAGAAUUGAAUAAUCGAUAAGUAUAAUGAAUCAAUUUAGGAAUAUUUAUUAACAUUCAGACUGCUCAUUGUUCGAUGGAAGUAGUUAGAAAAUAAGGACUGUUUGUUGGUCGACUAUCAUUAUAGAUAUACUUCCCUUUAAUUCACGAUUAAAGAAAUUAUAUAAUGUGUUUUUUACUUUUAGAAAAACAAGAUACAUUAAGGACUAACUAAACGUAAAAUCAACAUAAAAAGCAAAGCGCAACAAUUAGCUGUUGUAUAAUAGGCAAUAUUGGAGACUAUUUCACAUUAUUUUACAAAAUGUAGCUUUUUUUUCAAGGAUAUGCAUUAUUUAUUUUAAACACUUCGGUAUUCUGAUCUAUUUGAAUUUCGAAAGGUAUUUAGAAAUACAGUGGCCAAGAAAUUUGUACAGGAAAGCAUGCAACACUCAAUAGAUCUGUAUCGAUGUAAAUAAAACACAAACAUAAACAACACUUUUAUUAAGUCAUUGUGGGUUUAGGACCUCUACACCCUCAUACCUAAUAAAAAAAAAGCAUUAAUAAAGAAUGGAAAAUUAAAAGAAC